AUGUUCUUUACAUUUAUAAUAUUCUUUCUUAUCAUCGAUUAUUCUAUUGAACAGAAAUGUAAUCGCGAACGAAUACAUACAUGGAAUGCUGAGCAAAGAUUAAUCUGUGAUUUACUUGAUAAUUAUCAAGUUAAAUGGGGUCGUCCUGUACGAAAUAUGACUGAAGAUGUUGAAGUACGAUUUGGUUUACAACUUAUUCAUAUAAGUGAUCUUGAUGAAAAAAAUCAAGUUUUAAUUACAAAUCAAUGGCAAAUUUAUGAAUGGGAUGAUGAAGCGUUGACAUGGGAUCCAGAAGAUUAUGAUAAUCUCAUGGAUAUACGUUUACCUAUAAAACGCAUUUGGCAACCAGAUGUGACAUUAUACAACUAUGCUGAUACACGUCUUGAAGAAAAACGUGAAGUAUUAGCAACUGUUUAUCAUAAUGGAACUGUCUUUUGGAAACCAAUGUCAAUUUUUAAAUCUACAUGUCAAAUUGAUAUUCGACGUUUUCCAUACGAUAGUCAGAAAUGUUCAAUGAAAUUUGGUUCAUGGACAUAUGAUAGUUCAAAAGUAAAUUUACGAUUUUAUCGUGAUAUACAAAAAUUUGAUCUUAAUUCAUAUGUUAAAUCAAAUGAAUGGACAAUUGUUGGUAACAGUGCAUCACGUAAUACAGAAAAAUAUGAUUGUUGUCCAGAAAUUUAUGUUGAUUUAAAAUUUCAUAUUCAACUUGAACGACGUGGUGGAUUUUAUAAUUAUAUUUUAAUUUUACCAUGUGUACUUUUAUCAUGUCUUACAUGUAUUCUUUUUUGGUUACCACCGGAAAGUCCAUCAAAACUAGUUCUUGGAAUGAAUAUCUUUACUUCAUUUUUUGUAUUGUUACUUCUGUUAUAUAAAAAUAUGCCAUCAAAUGCAGAACACAUUCCACGUAUAGGUGCUUAUUAUUGUUUAAAUAUGGGAAUGAUUGCCACGUCAACAUUUUUAUGUACUAUAGUUGUACAUAUUUAUUUUCGAGGCGCUGGACCGAUGCCAACAAUUUUAAGAAGAGUUUUUCUUGAAUUUCUUGCUGGACUUUUUUGUAUGGUACCACAUACAAACGCAUAUCAACAACAUGCAGUUAAUGGAUUAAUGUCACCAAUAAAAGCAACAUGUGAUGGUGAUAAAUUUGAAAAAUUUGAAUUACUUAAAGAACGUUUUAAAUCAUUUGGUGAUAAACGUCCAGUAACAUCAACAAAUGAUGAUACAUUAGAAGUAUUAGAUAUGAUGAAUGAUCAUAGUCAACAUCAUCAACAUCAUUUUCAUCCGACUCAAGAUAAUUCUAUAGCACAACAAAUUCAACAACAAAUAUCAGCAUCAAUUACAUUUAUGACUGUUGAAACAGAUUUAAAAGAAAUACGAGAUUUUUUACGUACAACAAGAAAACGUAUGGAAGAUAAAGAAGCCAAAACAAAAACAAUUAAUGAUUGGAAACAAGUUGCACUUGUACUUGAUCGAACAUUCUUUUUUAUUUAUCUUACAGCUAUUAUUAUUUCUCUUGCUGCUAUGUUUCCUCGAUAA